AUGUCAGAAUCCACAGAAACCACUCCACCAACCAUCGAAGAGAUUCUUCGCGUGAGAGAUCGUCUCGAACAACUCAUUUCUCUCACCGACAACAAGACUCGACGAUUUGCAUGGCCUUCCGAUGAUGAAAUGUAUUCAGAAAGUGAAAAAAAGUUUUAUCUCUAUCUUGGGAUGAAAAUUAAUUUUUCUGAUUUAUUUUUUACCAUGUGUUUACAAAAGGAAGCCAUUGGUACACCUCCAUGUCUAAAAAAGUAUGAAAAUCUCUCUCUUUUAGAACACCAAUUCAGUGCCAAAGAACGAAAAGAAUUAUUUUCUGAUCUCUUAUCAUGUGCCUACAUGAGUGAAAGUCCAACUAAACAACCAGUCUAUCAAUUCUAUGACAAGGUUGCUCUAGAUCGAUAUUUAUUGAUUCGCGAAUAUGAAAAUCAAUUUAUUUAUCAACCUGGAUCACUCAAAACAAUGCCUUCUCUCUAUCAUGCUUUUACCACACAAAUUCCUGAUCCUCGUGACAAGUUAGAAGGAGACAAUAUGGAUCAACUCACCGAAGAGGACAUUUCCAAAUUGAAAAUUUUGUUUCAAAAAUUUAACUAUGAAAAACAAUUCAAUCACAUCUUGCAAGAUUAUCAAAACAUUUCAAAAUUUCCACCCUUGUUUUUGGCAUUUGCAAAUACGGCUUGCAUUCCCUAUUGUAGAAAACAUGUCAUGAAUUGUUUGAGAAAUGUACUUGAGAUCAGAAAUGUGUUCAAAGCGAAAGAAAUGGAUGAUUCUGCUGUUCUUGAUCAAGUCACUCUUGAAGAGGCCUAUCAUUGUUUAUAUGAACCAUGUUGUGCCAAGGUGUCAAAUUUAAUCGAUCAUGUGAAAAAUAUGGAAACUAAAAGUAAGAUUUAA